GUAGGCGGAACCGAGGCGGGAAUCCGAGGGAUCCGGAGCCCGAGGGGGGCCCGAAGCAGAAGAGGUGGGAUCACAGCCGCUUCUUAACGCAGGCUGCAGCAGGCGCCGAUCCAGUCGCGUCGAGGAGCGCCGCGGCGGGGACGAUGGCGAGCGACGGCGCUGCUGCUAACGGCCGAGGGAAAGGCUGCCGCCCCGCCGGGGCAGAGCCGCAGAGUUCAGCCGCGGCGCCCAUGCUGCCGGCUCUGGAGGUGUCCGAGGACCCGGAGAAGGCGACGGCGGCGGCGCUCAGAAGGAAGAGCAAGGACCCCUCAUACAAAGUCCUCUCCCUGGUAUUAUGUGUCAUUGUGCUUACAAUUAUCUUAGGAUGUAUAUUUGGACUGAAACCUAGCUGUACAAGAGAUGUGAAAACCUGCAAGGGUCGUUGCUAUGAAAGAACCUUUGGAAGCUGCCGCUGUGACAGUGAAUGUGUUAAACUUGGAAACUGCUGUUUAGAUUUCCAGGAAGCUUGUACAGAACCUGCUCAGAUAUGGACCUGUACCAAGUUUAGAUGUGGCGAGAAGAACCGGCCAGAAUAUCUUUGUUCCUGUUCUGAUGAUUGUGUGAAAAAUAAUAAUUGCUGUGUCAAUUAUUACUCAGUUUGCCAAGGAAAGACAAGUUGGCUUGAAGAGAAAUGUGAAGACAUAAGUGAACACCAGUGUCCAGAAGGAUUUACAAAACCUCCAGUGUUACUGUUUUCUUUGGAUGGAUUCCGUGCUGAAUAUUUGCAUACUUGGGGUGGACUUCUUCCUGUUAUUAGCAAAUUAAGAAAAUGUGGGACAUACACACGUAGCCUAAGGCCAGUGUAUCCAUCAAAAACAUUUCCUAAUCAUUACAGUAUUGCCACGGGUCUAUACCCAGAAUCCCAUGGUCUGGUGGAUAACAAAAUGUAUGAACCAAAGAGAAAUGCUACUUUCACACUCAAAGGUGCAGAGAAGUUUAAUCAACAAUGGUACCAAGGACAGCCAAUUUGGCUGACUGCAAUGUAUCAGGGACUAAAAUCAGCUUCGUUUUUCUGGCCUGGUUCAGAUGUUGAUGUCAAUGGAAGUUUUCCAAACAUGUACGAAUUAUACAAUAGAUCAAUACCAUUUGAAGAAAGAGUAGGAACUUUUCUAAGCUGGCUACAAUUACCAGAAGAGGAAAGACCACACUUUUACACUCUGUAUUUAGAAGAACCAGAUUCCUCAGGACACAGAUAUGGACCAGUCAGCAGUGAAGUCAUUCUUGCAUUAGAGAGAGUGGACAAAGUGGUUGGGUUGUUGAUGGAUGGGCUUAAGCAAAUGAACCUUCACAACUGCAUUAACAUUAUUCUUCUUUCUGACCAUGGGAUGGAGGCAGCUAAGUGCCAAAAAACAGUCUAUCUGGAUGCAUAUGUAGGCAAUGUUAAAGACCUGUUUGUGGUACCUGGCCCUGCAGCAAGAUUAAGACCCCAAAAUGUUCCAGAUGAGUAUUUCUCUUUUGAUUAUGAAGGCCUUAUCAGAAACCUUACAUGUUUGGUCCCAGAGCAGCAUUUCAAGCCGUACCUGAAGCAGCUGCUCCCCAAGCGAUUUCACUAUGCCAAUAAUGACCGAAUUGAACCUCUACAUUUUUAUAUGGACCAGCAGUGGCAGCUUGCCCGGAUACCUUCUGAGCUCAAGUAUUGCACUGGUGGAUUUCAUGGAUCAGACAAUGUAUUUGCAAAUAUGCAGGCGCUCUUUAUUGGAUUUGGACCUGGAUUCAAGUUCCAAACAGAAGUCGAUCCCUUUGAAAACAUUGAAAUCUACAAUUUAAUGUGUGAUCUUCUUGAUUUAAUACCAGCCCCUAACAAUGGAACUCAUGGAAGCCUCAACCAUCUUCUCAAGAGAGCCAGUUAUAUUCCCAGGCAUCCCAAAGAAGAAAGCAGCCCUUCACUAUGCCCUUUUGUGGAGCGGAGGACCUCCACUGAUGGCCAUAGCUGCUCCUGUAAUUCUUUGGGCUUACCACUGAUUCAACCACAGGUAGAUCUCACUACUUCAGAAAUAAAGAAGAUAGAAAAAUACAGCUUGCCAUUUGGGAGGCCUCAUGUGCUCCAAAAGAAUCAGAAGUUUUGCCUUCUUCACAACCAUCGUUAUGUCAGUGGAUUUAGCCAGAUCAUCAAGAUGCCUUUGUGGAGUAGCUAUUCUGUUAACAAGCAUGACAGCUGGAAUGCCUCUGCAGAUGCUACCUCAAGUUGCUUCCACAUGGACCAUCGUAUUCCUUUAAACAGCAGUCAGACUUGUUUAUUUUACAAAAAUCACCCUCAGUUUAACUAUGGAUUUCUUUUCCCUCCAAAUCUGAUUAAAGAUGAUAAGAAAAAUUAUUAUCAAGGACUUCUCUCAAGCAACAUAGCACCAAUAUAUUCUGCUUUUCGAGUGAUUUGGGAAUAUUUUAAUGCUGUCCUACUGCCAUCAUAUGCUGCAGCCAGAAAUGGUGUAAAUGUGAUCACAGGUCCUAUAUUUGAUUAUGACUACAAUGGCGUGUAUGAUACACCAGAAGAAAUAAGAAGACACUCAACUAAUCUAGCAGUCCUGAUUCCAACGCACUACUUCAUUAUGUUGACAAGUUGUAAAAAUGUUUCCCAGACACCUUUGCAAUGUGAAGGAUCUCUUGAUGUUAUGUCUUACAUUAUACCUCACAGAGAAGAUAACAGUGAAAGCUGCAUAGUUGGCAAGCCUGAAUCCUUGUGGGUUGAGGAGAGAAUGAGAUUUCAUGUUGCCCGAGUUAGAGAUGUGGAACUUCUUACAGGACUUAGCUUUUAUCAUGAAGGAAAACAGCCUGUGGCUGAGAUUUUACAAUUGAAAACAUAUUUGCCAAGUUUUGACAAGGCCUGAUUUUAAUUUUGUUGGAUUUCUGUACUGAAAAAGAGAGAUUAUAUCACAGCUUCAUAAACACGCUGGAAGAUUUUUAGAAGAUACUGAAACAAAACGGGACCAAGAAAGAAUCUCUGCCACAUUUUGUAUCUCAGGGACAUUUAAUGGACCACCUAUAUCAGAGAAGAGCAAUUUUCAGCCUUAUUAUUCUCUUCAAUGUGAUAGAAGUAUUGUAUACUGUUAUUAAAGCCAAUCUGCAACAUCAACACAACAGAUAAGUGUAUGGGAUAAAAACCAACAAUUCAACAAUGAUUUCAACAGUAUAAAAGUGUUCAGGAGUUAUUUUAUUCUGCCUGAUUUUUUUUACACAAAGGCAAGAGUGGAUUAACUAAAAGUGAACCCAACUGGCAUGUAUAUUUCAAAAAUUUUAAGUAACAUACAAACUUUUUUAAAAAAUCGUCAUUUUCUGAACUUUUUUUUUUACUCUGUUUAAUAAAUAGAAUAUAAUUUAAUGGAUAUUCUUGAUUAUUUCUGGAAUAUCACACCUAUGUAUAUCAUUUCAGAAGCUCCUUUAAGAUAAAUGGGAUUUACUUUCAGCUAAGUGGUUAUAGGAUGACAGCUCUAAUAUACUGUGGACUGCAUGUUCAGCUAUUCCUGAAAACAUAAAAGAUAGUUGCAUCAUUUUUGGUAAUACUGCCUUUAAUGCUUCCAUAAUGUUCAUGCCAUGUUCUAGAUACUGCUACCAUAUCCCCAGAUACUAUAUUUGACUAGCCAUUCAUACAUCUGAACAGGCAUGUGGUAGAUUUAUGAUACUUCAGUGCUUAUAUCUGUUAUGUGGCUGAAUGCUAAGUGAAUGCAUGAUUGAUUGACUGAUUGAUUGAUUGGAUUAACCUAACUACAGUCUCAGAGAUACUUGGCAUUUUACAACCUCCAUCAACACAUAAAUAUAAAACACACACUGUACAAUAAAGCAGAAUAGUAUAAUAAAAGAAACCUAAUACAAACAGUGGUAUAAUAGAUAAGGUUAGCUCACAUAUCUAAGGCUUUCUUAAAAAGCUCCAUUUUUAAUUGCUUGUGGAAUAUAGUUCCCUCCAUAAGGCAUUCCUACCCAACAUAAGGUCCAUGAUGGCAGACUGAAGACUGGUUUCUCCGAAGUUUAUGUGGGAGAUAAUGACUGGAUAGGGUUUGUACAGUAGCAAGAUUCCUGAAACUAUAUUGUAUCAAUAUGAACCAAACAUGUAUAAAACACUUCUAUAUUUAUACUAACCAUCUCCUUUUCUAGCAUUGAAUAAAGACUGAUUGUGAGAAAA